CCAUGGAGGGCGACUCGAUCCUCUUUGGGCUGUUUAUAGUCAAAAAUAUCACUUAAGCCGCUAGCCAACUAUUUUUCCAUUUUGAUUUGUCUUUUAUUGUUACCAAAAUUAGAAGUCGCGGUCGUGCCAUAAUCCAGGCUUUAGUCGAAUUUGAUUUACCCGCGGUGUCUCGGGAAGGAGGAAAUCGAUCUUCUCGACAGCUUCAGAGGGAGAAUAACAGUUAUAUUUGAUAUUAAGUUUGAGUGAAGCCGUCAUGUGUACGAAGACGAUGUCGGGCACCUUGAACUGGGAAGAUGACUUUUAACGGCCCGAUACGUCGAGUUUUCUCUGAGCGCGAGCCCGUUUCGAUGGAAUGUGAAUAGUGAGUCGAAACAGUCGAGCUAUUAGACCGUCGAGGAUAUGAUAAAAUUCGUAUUUACUUCAUGACGUUUCUAUGGAAGGCCGCCCUAUGCAAUCGGACAAAAACGAUUGUUGUCUUAGGAGGGCGAUGAGAAGAAAGUGAAGGAAAUGAGCCAUAAUAUUGGAGGGAUGGCACCCUUUGUAAGCAUGCCAAGGGGGCGAAACCAGAUGUACUACCCGCCUUGCCCUGGUGUGGAGCCACAUCCACACAUGACAAGGGCUCCUUAUUUCCCUGAUGAAAAAAUGAACUGUGGGAUGGGAAUGGGAGAAUUCAAGCCUCCCAUGAUGAACAAUCCAGAGCCACCCCCUCCAAAGAAAAAGCGACGUGCGUCUAAUAAUAAUGCUGCCAACCUGGCAAAUCAACAGCCACCCCCUGUGAUGCAAGAUCUUUUACCGCCUCCUUUAACAGGUUAUGGAGAUACAAUAGUAGCUUCUAAUCCGUUCGACGAUUCUCCACCUAUCCAACAGUCUGCGAUGGGUCAUUUAGGUCCUCCUAUGGGCCCCAGGCACAUGUCUGGCAUGAUGAUGGGGGGACCGGGAUGCACAAUUGCCGGAUCGCCGAUGAAUUGUGCUCCACCUAUUAGCCCCAUGGGGAUGUCGAUGAUGCCCAGCCCGAUGGGUCAAAACCGAAGUCCGAUGUGCGGACCAGGCCCUAUGAUGUGCGGCCCUACCCCAGGUAGCCCCAUGCCCCACAGGAGUCCGACUGUAGGAAGCCCACUCAUGAAUAUGGACUGCAUGAACCAAAACGCGAGAAAAGGUUCACCGAUGAUGGGCCAUUCUUCAAUGAACUGUGUCUCUCCUAUGGGGAGCCCCCUCGGGAACGGCCCAAUGUGUGGGGGUCCAAUGUCCAGCCCAAUCAUGGACAUAAGACCCCUAAAUAGUCCAAUGUGCAUGAACAAUGGUGCUCCACCAGGAACACCAAAUAAUAUGCAACAGUGUAACAUGACAAGUGAUAUAUGUAAAUCCGGUGUAGUGAAUACUAAUGGUCCAGUAAGGCAAUCUCAUCCACCAAUGCAUCCCAUCUCAAUGCAGCACCCGCCUCAUGGCUACCCACCUCCUAAGCCAAUGCCAGUUUCAGCGGGAAAGAUUUAUCCUGUUGAUCAAUCGAUGGUAUUUAAUCCCCAAAAUCCCAAUGCACCUCCCAUAUACCCUUGUGGGGUUUGUCAUAAAGAAGUACAUGAUAACGAUCAAGCCAUCCUCUGUGAGUCCGGUUGUAACUUCUGGUUUCACAGAGUGUGUACUGGUUUAACGGAAGCUGCCUAUCAAUUGCUCACCGCCGAGGUUUACGCAGAGUGGGUUUGUGAUAAGUGUCUCGCAACUAAAAAUAUACCUCUUGUAAAAUUCAAACCUUAGCGUCAGUCAUUAAAAUUCCUUAGGUAUCCUCCAAA